AGGGUUUUAUUUUCCGGAUCCUUGGGUCGGGGGUGGGGAGGGUCGGUUGAGUAUUUUCUAUGUGAGGAGUAAAAAGGGAGAGUUUCUGAGCCUCUUCCGACGUUGACAGUCUCUCGCCCUCACUAUUUUCUUAGAGUGUGUUGGGGAGAAUCUUUUUUGUGAAGGUAUCGAGAAGGAAGGCAGCCGGUUUCUCCAUUUGGUCAGGCCUCCUGGACCGGGUCAGCCGCCUUGAUCACCGCGGUUGAGGUAUGCUAUGUAUAAAAGUGGACACUUUCCAUGAUAAAUGAAAAUGGCCAAUUCUUUAAGAGGAGAAGUACUGAAUCUUUAUAAAAAUCUGCUGUAUCUUGGAAGAGACUAUCCAAAAGGAGCAGAUUACUUUAAAAGGCGUCUGAAGAAUGUUUUCCUUAAAAACAAAGAUGUGAAAGACCCAGAGAAGAUCAAAGAACUUAUUGGACGGGGUGAAUUUGUAAUGAAAGAGCUAGAAGCCUUAUAUUUUCUUAGAAAAUACAGAGCUAUGAAACAACGCUAUUGUUCAGAUGUCAACAAAACUAACUGAUUAUUACUAUAAUUUGGCUGAAAAUCAGUGCCAGCUGUUUAUCAAUGCCAGAUAUUUUUAAAUAAUUCUGACUCAAAAUGGGCAAGAUAUACAUGUCUAAAAAAAUACUUGAGCUGCCUUACUGAACUGAAGUUAAUUUUAUUCAUUAACUUUAUCAGCAACACUCUAUCCUCAGUUUUAAUACUACAAUAGUAAUUUAGCUAUAUGAUGUUACCAACUACCAAUUACAACUUUAUUAAUGAAUACCCAAUUUUGGAAUGAAAAUAUAAGAAUAUUUUUCAACUUUAUUAGGUUUUAGCCAAUUAUUUUUAGCCCAUGUCUCCAUUUUACUGACAAGAACACUGUCAUCUAAUGUAUAUUUAACUAAGCAAAAUAAUUUCUUAAACAUUUAUUUCCUUUAACUUUUAAAGGAGUAACUUAUUUUUGACCUAAUUUGGUACAUUAAUAGCAUAUAUUCAAGUUUCACUGCAAAACAAAUACACCUGGUAAUGAUUUAAAUGCAAUCAUAGAAAUAAUAAAAUGUAUCGAGUAAGACUGACUUCUGACUUUGAAAUAGCCUGCCAGUGACUGGCAUUAGAUACAUACCUAUUCAGUUGAUUCCGUUAUUAAUUUCGCUGCUGGCUCCUUUUAACCCUUAAAACAAAUCACCUGUUAUGUAUCAGUUAACUUCUUUGAUAAAAAGUAAUAAUGUUAUUCUGUUCUCUUGUCAUAAAGACAGAUUUGUUUUGCAUCUUCUAAAUGAGUUAACAUAGCUAUGGACCUAAAACCUAAUAGAGUUUUAAGUUUAAGUAAAUGCUUAAAGCCGUUUAGGUUCACAACACCUCUCAUAAAUCAAGAAUUUUUCUAACUUAAAAUAUGAAAAAAAAAAAAAUUCACAAGUGUACUACAGUUUGCAUGGCUUAUAAAGUAUUCCAUUACAAUAGCAAGGCAAAUGUUUCAAAUUUCCAUCAAGAAAUACACACUAUCAUAGUCACCAUAACUAGUUUUAUUACAUUACAAUUAGGAGCAGUACAGUUCAUGACAAAAAUAUUACAAAUUUCAGAUCACUUCACAGCACAUACUCCUAUAAACAUUUAAAAGUUAAUUUUAAUUAAAGAGUGGUCAAUUUUAAAUUUAAUGUUUGAUAUGACCAACAUUCCUAGGUCAGCACAACCAAAUGAUAGAGAACAACCGGAUCACACUGCAUAUGUCCCACAAAAGAAAAAAAAGCACAAUGUACAAAAUGUGCAUGUUUCCGUUUACACUAUACAAAAAUAGUUAAAAUACAUUCCAGGUAAACAUGUUACAUUAAGAAAUGGUACUAGUAAGAAAUUGGCACUCAAAGGAAAAAAGCAAAAGUAUUUUCAACAUGAAAACACAAGACAGUGGAAUUAGAAACUUUUGGAAAAAACAUUAUGUAACCCAUUUAGUUCUUGAGGGGAGAAAGGGAUGGUAGGAACCCUCUGUAAUUGACAUUUCUGCAGAUAAUAACAAUUUUUUCCCUGAACUUACCUAAGUUGCCUAUUAACAUCCCAAACAGGCACUUAAAACUAUUAAACUAAAACACAUAUCUUAAUGUAGUUAUGAUUCUUCUUUAAGAACUGAUGUGAACAUAACUUUAGAAAACAAUAAUUUUCAUUCAACAAUUGUAACAAAGGUACCAACACUAAUGCAAACUGUUAAUAACGGGGGAGGUAAACAGGAAUUCCGUAUUUUCUGCAUGAUUUUUCUGUAAACCUACUAUUCCUCUAAUUAAAAAAUAAUUUUCAUAUUC